GCAGUGUUGCAGUCUGAGCUUCGCGAAAUCGUCUCCGUAGUACGGUCACUAGAGCGACAACUAUUCUAUCUGGACACCCAGUCGAAUGGAAAUGUCGAUGAACAAAAGCGAAAAGAAAUUGUUGACGAGAUGGAGGAAAACAAAGCAAGACAGUUGGAAGUCUCCGAUAAAUUAUCGAUCUAUAUUAGUUGCUACAAACAGCAUCAAGUAGAAGCCGCACGUGCAACUGUCUGUAGCAAACUGGAGGAAGAAGAUAUGCUGGCAGCUGUGGCUCGACGUACAUUUGUGUGUUUCGAGGACUGCAUUUGGAAGUUAACCGAAUGUGAUGGACAAAUUGCUAUUGCUCAAAUACAGAUCAGGAACUUCUUAUAUACACGAACGGUGCGUAUCGAUAGUUCAGGGGAGCAUUUAUUCGAGGUUGGAACAUUGCGAGUGACGAACCUCCUUCCAGAUACGAUUUAUAGAGAUACACUUCAUCGGGAUGAGCGGGUUCAAACUCGACAACCUUCUAUAAGACUAAUGGUUCGCGAUAUGGCUCCAGUUGGAGGAAUAUGCGUGAAGGAAUUGUUUGAAGUAAAUAUUGCGCCGAUGGUAGCCCAGCUCACCUAUCGAUUUUUUGAAAAGAUGAUGCUCUUCUUCUUCCCUGGACGUAACAUUCACAAGGAAGAUAAUCUGGAUGCAGUCGAAGAGGGUACUCCAAAAUUUUCCUUCACUCGUCGCUUUGCUGGUACUCUAAGCAUGCGCAGCAACAAGGCUGGGCAAGUUGAUCGGAAGGCAAGUAACAUCAGUGGGAAGAGCGUUAGUGGUAAGCAACCGCUAGAAGUUGAGCUGACGGAUAUCGAUAAAAUGAGGGAACGCGCCGACAAUAACAAUUUCUUCGUGUAUAUAAAAAUUCCUGAAGUUCCAUUUGUAGUGUCUUAUAAGGGUAACAAAGACAAGAACAUAGAGGAUGUGGAUCGGUUCAGCUUUCUGUUUCCUCUGUGUGAGUUCCAUGAAAGGAACUGGACUUGGCUUGAUGUGGCAUUAGCGGUGAAGCAACGAUGUAAACGGGUACUACUGCAACAGUUCAUGCGACAAAAAUUGCUACGAAAUCGACUAACAGGUGGUCCGGAGACAGUAGAAGGAAUAAGUGAAGAAGAUAAAAAGAAGAUCGCGCUCGGUUCUGUACAAACAUCCACCAUCGAAAAGAAGAAGAAAAAAUGA